UGUUUAGAGGAGGAGUUCACAACACAUUUGGCGCUAGUUUGACGGCGGGUCAGUGUGGUGAGGAGCAUUGAGGCUCACAAGUGAAAAUUAUUACAGCGAUUGUCAAUACAAUUUCAACUUUAAUCAGAUCUGCUUCCUGGUUUUAAACUAAAAAUGCCCAGCACUCGCUCACAGAAGCAGCCCACCCUUCAGUUCCCUAGAAGGAAGUCUUCCAGGUUGGGUUCUCGACCUAAAAGCUCCUCCGAGAACGCGGUGGAUGUCCAGUCCACCCCUCUGUCCCCUAGAAAGGCAAAUGUGGGGGAUUCGCUUGGUGCCUGUCAGUCUCCCAGAAACUCUGUGUUGAAAAACACCUCUCUGUCUGAGCGGCUGCCCCUGAGCCCCCGGAAACGCACAGGUGAUGAAAACGGAUGUAACCUCUUACCUUCUAUGCUCGGCUCUCCGCCCAAGCAGCGCUGCGCUCCUCUGUGCUCCCCUCGUAAACUGUCCUUCAAUGAGAACACGCCGGUCUUCUCCUCACCUCCACGUCCCACCCCGUCCUCACCGAAAAUCCCCCUGUCUCCUAUUUGUCGCCCAUCACCAAAACGGCUGCAUGAGACCCCCUGUACCAACCCGAUCUCCCGUACAGAGGGAAAGAUCCCUGUUACUCGACUGUUUCCUGUCAAAAAAUCGGGUUACCAGAGCAUCAAGCAGGCUCUUCACACUGCAGUGCCCGAACGUCUUCUCUCUCGUGAGGCAGAGAGAGCUGCCAUUGUCUCCUUCCUGGAGAACCAUGUAGUGGCAGAAAAACCCUCCAGCCUCUAUAUCUCUGGAGCUCCUGGCACAGGCAAGACUGCCUGUCUAAACUGUGUCCUCCAGGAACAAAAGGCUCUGUUGAAAGGAGUUCAGACUGUGCUUAUCAACUGUAUGAAUUUGCGCAGCUCUCAUGCCAUCUUUCCAUUGCUGGGAGAGAGGCUGGGGGUUCCCAAGGGCAACAGCGAGGCUCGGCUGGAGAAACACCUGACCAGCUCUGGGCCCAUUGUGCUUUUGGUUCUCGAUGAGAUGGACCAGUUGGACAGCAAGUCUCAGGAGGUUCUCUACACGAUCUUUGAGUGGCCUUACCUGCCCAAAUCUCGUGUUUGUCUAAUUGGUAUUGCUAAUGCAUUGGACCUGACGGACCGUAUCCUGCCUAGACUCCAGGCAAAACCACAUUGCAGACCCAAACUGCUCAACUUUCCUCCCUACAGCCGUGAGGAGCUCAAUGCAAUCGUCCAAGACCGGCUCACACAAGUAUCAGGUGAAGGUGUUUUGGAUGCCGCGGCAGUUCAGUUCUGUGCCAGGAAAGUCUCAGCAGUGUCAGGAGAUGCUCGCAAAGCACUCGACAUCUGCAGGAGGGCUGUGGAGAUUGUGGAAGCGGAUGACAGGUCUAAAACGACAUCCGAACCUGCGGCUAGCCCUAAAGUGUCGCGGGUGAGCGUUCCUCAAGUGGCACGUGUUUUGUCUGAGGUGUAUGGCGACCGCAUGGCAUCCAGCAGCAGGGACGGUGAGAGUUUCCCUUUGCAGCAGAAACUUCUGGUCUGCUGUCUGCUUCUGAUCAUCCGUAACGGCAAGUGCAAAGAGGUCCAGUUGGGGAAGCUGUGUGAAGUGUACAGUAAGCUGUGUAAGCAGAGGCAGGUUGGAGGAGUCGGACAGACGGAGUGUCUGUCUCUCUGCAGUCUGCUGGAGAGCAGAGGAAUCCUCAUUCUCAAAAAGGCCAAAGAAGCUCGGUUGAUUAAAAUCUCCCUGAAGAUUGAAGAGCGAGAUGUGGAAAACGCUUUGAAGGAUCGAACUCUCCUUGGUAGCAUAUUAGCGGCUGGUCUGCCAUAAUCUACACACGAGUUUUAACUUUUUUUUUAUUAUUUUCUUUUUUUUCUCAUUCCUUUUAAAUAUUUUAUAUUGAUGAGCUGUGAAAGUCUUCAUUAAAAUGAGAUGUGCUGUUUUAAAGAGGGAUGAUUUGAUCCAAAAAGGGUUAAUGUCAUUUUAUUAUGUUUGUGUCAAACGUUUUACCUGCCUUUUGAAGUGUCAUUCUUCUUUGAUGCUUCCAAACAGAAGAUAUUGCCUUCUAUUUUAUUUUGUACAUCAGCUUUGUAAUUUUUUUUAGGGGGGGGAUACACUUUUAAUAAAGCAGAAUGUACAUGA